AUGGCAGAGGAAAAGAAGCGCACCCGUGUCUACUUCGACAUCACAAUCGGCAAGAAGAAGGAAGGUCGCAUCACCUUCGAGCUAUACGACGAUGUAGUCCCCAAGACCGCAGACAACUUCCGUGCCCUCUGCACCGGCGAGAAGGGUGUAGGCAAGGCUGGCAAACCACUCAGCUAUAAGGGUAGUGGUUUCCACCGUAUCAUCAAGCAAUUCAUGAUCCAGGGUGGUGAUUUCACUGCUGGCAAUGGAACAGGCGGGGAGAGCAUUUAUGGCACCAAGUUUGAAGAUGAGAAUUUUGAUCUCAAGCACACAAAGCCUUUCUUGCUUUCUAUGGCCAAUGCUGGACCUGGCACCAACGGCUCCCAAUUCUUCAUCACCACAGUCCCAACGCCCCACCUAGAUGGCAAGCACGUCGUCUUCGGCGAAGUCCUCUCCGGCAAAUCCAUCGUCCGCAAGGUCGAAAACCUGCCCACCCAAGAAAAUGACAAGCCCCAACAAGACAUCACAAUUGUGGACUGCGGCGAGCUCACCGGCGACGAAGCCUCCAUCGCUGACCAGAAAACCCCCGACGAAACCGGCGACGAGUACGAAGACUUUCCCGAAGACGCUGGCAAAGAAUUCACAGCCUCUGACAUCGUCAAGAUCGCCACAGACCUGAAGAACUACGGAAACAAAGCCUUCACAGAGCUGAAGAAGUUGAGCUUGGGCCUGGAGAAGUACCAGAAGGGAAUCAGGUACCUGAAUGAAGAUCCCAAUCUGGAUAACGAGACGCCUGAGACAAAGAAAGCUCUCGAAGCACUGCGCUACUCGCUAAACUCCAAUUCUGCGCUGGUUGCGAACAAGCUGAAGGAUUUCCACGAGGCGUUGCGCUCGGCUGAUAAUGCAUUGGAGGUUACUGGGCUCACGGCUGCGGAGAAGGCUAAGGCGUUGUUCAGACGCGCUACGGCUAAUAUUGGGUUGAAGGAUGAUGAUUCUGCGCAAGCUGAUCUGGAGGUUGCAGCUGCUUUGGUUCCUCAAGACAAGGCUGUCCAGCAGGAAUUGGCAAAGGUGAAGAAGGUCGCCGCAGACCGGGCGAAGAAGGAGAAGGCGGCGUAUAGCAAGUUCUUUUCAUGA